GAACGUCUUAUUCGGAACAUCACCUUGCGCCAGCUCCUCUACCACCUAACCUGGUCUGCAUCACGGUCGCAAGCGCCUGCAGCAUGUUGUUUUAAUCCGGCGAUAAUACUGAAGGCCACUUGCGACAUCUUAUACCCGUCUCCUUCCAGCAUAGCCUCAUCCCGCGGCUGAGCUGAUUGACGAGGCAUCCUCUGAAAAGACUCCCGAAUUAGUCCAACUGAGUCAUCUCGAGUCCUGCACGAGUUUACGAGAAGCGGGAGUUCCUGCAGAGCCUCAUUAGGCUGAGACUCUCACGCCCCAUAUUCCGGCCCUACCUUCUGCGGUCCGCAAAACUUUCCGGCAGAUCGUGUUGAAGGCCAUUACCUCAAAAAGAUGGAUAACUCGCGGGGGAGGUCUCCCUCGAGGGGGAGUGCGCAGCACUUAAGUCCUCAACCGUCACCAAACCACUACCCUACCACAGUACCUGGCGUGGAUCCUUCAGUACAGGCAGCGUUAACGACGGGCAAAUUCAACACUUCGCAAUCAUUCAACAACCCUUUCUUUGGCUCUGACCAACAGAGUGUACUCCAGACGAAUCCCGCAGACACGACUUACUACAACACCAAUCAGUACCAGAACACAUUUCAAGACAGUCAAUUCAUGGGUCAGACCUUUGACCCAACCUUUUCCAACAACAACUUCAUGUACCAAGCCGAGAACAUCCCCAAUGACUUUGGCCAGAACUACUCCCUAAACAACACAUACGACAUGAAUCCACAAACCAACAUCAAUCCCGCAGAAUUGAGCAAAGUCUCGUCCCCACAAGAUGGUCAAUCGCCUGGUCUGCAACCGCCUGUGACUCUAUCAUCUCAGCCUCCAUCGCCCGCGUCGACGAAUGGCCAGUUUUACACACCACAGCAUUCAAGACAUGCUUCACUGGAUCCGUCAAGUGCGUACGGAGAUAGCUAUGACGGCAUCAAUUUCCAGCAACAUCGAAGAGCACCAUCAGAUCACUCCGAAAUAUCAUCCGCUUCGCAUUCUCCAUAUCUUGCACAUGCCGAACUGAACGAGCCAUCCGACCUGGGUCAUUCUCCAUUCCUAUCCGCGCAGCCGGAUACCAGCAAUGCGUUUGGCAUGGAGGGUUUCAGUCUCAGUGGUGAACAUGCCUCUUAUCGUUCCCCCAGACUACUUCCGCAUAUGGAUGCGAGCCAACAAGGGCUAGGAUUGAAUCAAGACAUGACUCUUAGUCAACCGAUGGGCAUCCCUAUCCCGGAUGUAUACACCACACAAAGCACAGCAUACCCACCAACCGUUCCGACCAACCAUUUGCGGAACACUUCCGUGGUUUCCGACAUUGGUCGGGCUGAUCAAUAUGCGCCUCCGACCAUAAAUAUCGAGCCAGCACCCGUUUCGCGACAACAAAGUUUUGGACCUCAGGGCGAGGGUACCGAAGGUGCCCUGAGUCCGCCAACCGGGAGCAGAGGCCGCAGUAGGAGUCAAUCCGAUGUCACUUUCAGUAGACCUUUGUCACGUUCCGGCUCGCCUGGACUUAGCGCAACCAACACCCUGUCGGUGGCUAGAUCCCCUGAAAGAGGCAGUCGAUCUCUCUCACGGGAAUCGUCUCCUGGCCCUGGUGUCGCAUCUGGCAGAAUUGAGAAAAAUCGACGAGCAUCGACCUCGUCCAUGGGUCAAUCUCGUGAUUACAUUUUGGACUUGGCGGACCCUGGCAGACCAAACGCUACUCCUUCCGGAACAAGCACGAGGGUCCAGAAACACCCGGCUACCUUUCAAUGCAACCUCUGCCCCAAACGUUUCACCCGAGCAUAUAACCUACGUUCGCACCUGCGAACACACACUGAUGAGAGGCCUUUUGUAUGUACCGUAUGCGGGAAGGCAUUUGCCAGACAGCAUGAUCGCAAGCGCCAUGAAGGUCUUCACAGUGGUGAAAAGAAGUUUGUCUGCAAAGGUGAACUCCAUUCUACUCCGGGCCAGUUCUGGGGUUGCGGAAGACGAUUUGCCAGAGCCGACGCCUUGGGUCGACAUUUCCGAUCUGAGGCUGGUAGAAUAUGUAUCAAACCGUUACUGGAAGAAGAAAGAACAACUCGCCAAAACAGAGCAAUGAUGGAGCAACAGCAACAGCAGCAGGCACAAUUCGCACAGACCGGAUUGCAGCCAUUACCGCAACCAAUGAUGAUGGGUAUGGAUCCGACUGGAGCUGGCGAGUUCGCAUUGCCUGCAGCACUUCUUCAGCAAUAUCCUGCUCUCCAGAACAUCGAUUGGUCACAAAUGCCCACUUCUGAUGACCCAGGAGAUCUGAGUGACGUUGGGGGCAUGGGAAGAGCCAGCUUUGACGGCUCAAGUGGUGGAGACUAUUACGACGAAGACAUCAGUGACGGUUAUGUUAGUGGCAGUGGUCUGGACUUCUCUAACCCUGGACCUCAAAUGUAUAUGGGAAAUUGAGUGCCUGAUGUGGUGGGCUGAGGGCUUCCUGGUUUGUCAUGGAUGAUGACCCUUCUUUAACGGUGCAUGGUGUUUACGAUGGUUUACACUGGAUAGAGUCAGGUUAUCACGAUCACCACGGCAGAGACCCCUGAUG